AUUGACCUGCCUAGUGCUUGGAUUGGCUGUGAGUGAAAUCGUGAAAAAGGGUCCUGGUGACUGAGCUGUUGAAGAUGGAGCCCCUGGAAUUGGUGACGUUUGAAGAUGUAGCUGUUGACUUCACCCGGGAAGAAUGGAGCCUGCUAGACAAGUCCCAGAAAAACCUGUUCAGAAAUGUGAUGAUGGAAACUAUCACCCACCUGGUCUCUGUAGGCAAUCAGAUCAGCAAAUCAGAUGUGAUUUCCCAGCUGGAACAGGGAAAAGAGUUGUGGAGUAAAGCAGCAGGAAGCUUCCAAAGUCAAAGACCAGGCAGUGAAAGACCACUUGGACAACAAGAAAUGAUACUCAUGCCAAGUGUUUACAGGAAGCACAUAUCCCCUACCAUGGCAAUGGUUUCUCACUUGCAAGGGAAUUCUGCUGGAUGUACUGAUCUGAGUGAUGAAUUUACUCCUCAAUCUUCACCUCAAUAUUCAACAGUUCCCUUAAGAAGGAAACAUAAUGUCAGCAAACAGUGUGAAAAAUCACUUAGUCAAGGGUCAUUCCUUAAUGGACAGGGUCACAUUCACACUAGAGGUAAAUCAUGUCACUGUGCUCUGUGUGGAAAAGUCCUUCAUAGUUUCUUUAGACUCAGAAGACACAAGGUGAUUUACACUGGAGAGAAACCAUUCAAAUGUCAACACUGUGGCAAAGUCUUCAGUCAAAGAUUCUCCUUGAAAGAGCAUGAGAGCACUCAUACAGGCGAGAAGCCCUAUGAAUGUCCUCUAUGUAGGAAAGCCUUUAGUAAUUACUCUAGCCUCAGCAGACACAAGAAAAUUCACACUGGAGAGAAACCAUUCAAAUGUCAACUCUGUGGGAAAGUCUUCAAUCAAAGUUACUACUUGAAAGACCAUGAGAGAACUCAUACAGGAGAGAAGCCCUAUAAAUGUCCUCUGUGUGGAAAAGCCUUUAGUAGUUGUACUAGCCUCAGCAAACACAAGAGGAUUCACACUGGAAAUAAACUAUUUGAAUGUCGACUGUGUGGAAAAAUCAUCAAUGGAAGAUUCUCCUUGAAAGAACAUGAGAAAACUCACAAAGGAGAGAAUGGCUAUGAAUGUCAUCAGUGUGGAAAAGUCUUUAGUUAUUGCUCUAGGCUCAUACGACACAAGGUGAGUCACACUAGAGAGAAACCAUUCAAAUGUCAACUGUGUGGGAAGGCUUUCAGUCAAAAUUCCUCCUUGAAACAACAUGAGAAAAGUCACACAGAAAAGAAGACUUAUGAAUGUCAUCAGUGUGGGAAAGUCUUUAGUAGAUGUGCCAGCCUCAAGAGACACAGUAUGAUUCACACUGGAGAGAAACCAUUCAAAUGUCAACUGUGUGGGAAAGUCUUCAAUCGAAAUUCCUCCUUGAAAGAACAUGAGAGAACUCACACAGGAGAGAAGCCCUAUGAGUGUCAUCAGUGUGGAAAAGCAUUUCCUCAAAGAAGGGACCUUAAUUCACACAAUAAAAUUCACACUGGAGAGAAACCAUAUCUAUGUCUUGAGUGUGGGAAGUUCUUCCGUUAUAGUUCUGGGCUUUGUAUGCACAAGAAAAUCCACACAGGAGUGAAAAACAGCUCUGCGCGGAGCCCUAAGGAGGCGGAGGUGCGCGGACAUCCGCCCCGACGCCCCGCUGCAGCCGGAGCCGCGGACCGAAGUGUCCUCUGCCUCUUGGAGACGAAGCCAAGCGGUCUCCUCUCUCCAGCCAUGAGCACUGCUGUCCCCCUGCUCACCAUUCUCUUCCUUAUGAGCCACGUUCCACCAGGCUUUAAUGUCAGGAUACGAGACCUGCUGUAUUCCUCCACCCAGAACAUGGCCUUCCUGAGUAACCACGGCUUCCACCCCCAGAACUUUGCUGUACCUUUGAGACCUGGCACCACCAUGGGGACAGGUAAAAAUCUGGAGGAGUUCCAGUCAUGCAGAGAAGGCUUCAUCAUCAUCCCUUACUGUCUGAAUUAUAAAACGGUGGGCCCUGAUACUGAGUGA